GGCCCUUGUCAUCAUACGGAGUCAACCUACGGAGACUGUAUAGGUCUGAGCGCUUACUGGACAGUAUUCUCAGCCUUACGAAAUACAAUACUCGGAGGUCUUCCCUUUUCAGUCUACAACUCCGGCGUAGGCACGUUUAUUUGAACAACAACGAGUACCAGCCUUGCAUGAUCGUAGCGAGAAUAUGGAUACUCGCAAGAGUGGUACCUGAGCUUUGAGAAGAGUCCCGCGAGGCAAGGUCGACACUCUCACAUCAUGCCAACCCUACUCGUACUAAUAUCCAUCCUUACUCUGACCCUAUCCACUCUGUACAUAGUCUACAGACCACCAUCAGCCCUGAUAUCGUAUCUUCAACGCCGCUGGCCAGACGUGCUCUUCCAUGUGCCAACCCACAAGAAGAUUCUAGCUCUGACGAUUGACGACGCGCCCUCACCAAGCACUUCGGAAAUCCAUAAGAUCCUCAAGACCUACGGAGCCAAAGCCACAUUCUUUGUCAUCGGGUCUCACAUCGCAGGUCGCGAAGACACUCUCCGUGGUCUGGUCGCUGAUGGCCAUGAGCUGGCCAACCACGCCAUGCGCGAUGAGCCAUCCUUCCGCCUCCCCCAAGACGGACUGACCAGACAGAUCAAAUCCGUCGAGGUACAGAUAAAUCAGAUAUAUGGUCCAGUAGCGUCACCGCCACGGUACUUCCGACCUGGUAGCGGGUUCUUCAGUGCGGCAAUGCGCAAGACCCUUGCCAGUCUAGAUUAUCGUCUGGUCUUGGGGAGCAUAUAUCCUCACGACGCACAGGUGUCUCAAUGGAAGAUCAAUGCAACGCAUAUCCUCAGCAUGGCCAGGCCAGGCGGCAUCAUCAUCUGCCAUGACAGAGAAUGGACGACGCCGAUGCUGAGAAAGGUGCUGCCAGAGCUCACAAAGAGAGGGUAUCACAUCGUCACUGUGACAGAACUCCUCAGCGAGACGGCAUGAUAAGUGAGCAUUGACAUUGCAUAUACAUGCCAAAUCGAGGUUACGGCAACAU